AUGGAGGAGAAGAUGAGGCCGUACCCGGCCACCGUGAACGACGAGGCGAUGUACUCCCACGCCAAGGCGGUGGCCGAGAGCAUGCUGGGCGAGGCCAACGUGAAGGUCCGGCCGCAGGUCAUGGCGGCGGAGGACUUCGGCUUCAACGCGCAGAAGAUCCCGGCCGCCUUCUUCAGCGUCGGCGUCCGCGACGAGGGGACGGGGAAGGUCCACCACGUGCACUCGCCGCACCUCCAGAUCGACGAGGGCGCGCUCCCCAUCGGAGCCGCGUUCCACGCCGCCGUGGCCAUGGAGUACCUGAACAAACACGAAUUGGUCGAGUGGGAGUUCAAGAGCAAGACGGGAAGAUGCACGCCUGUGGCCAUGAUGCUCACGUGGCAAUGCUACUCGGAGCUGCUAGGCUGCUACAGUCUAGGAGGGACCUUUUCAAGACCAUCUUCGCCGUGCACGUGGACACCGCCCUGUCGGUGGGCACCGUCGGCUCCAGGCCAGGCCCGGUUCACGGCGACCAUCACGGGGAAAGGCGGCCACGCGGCGGGGCCCCAGCACGUCGUCGACCCGAUCGUCGCGGCGUCCUCCGCCGUGCUGGGCCUCCAGCAGCUCGUCGCCCGCGCGACCGAUCCCCUGCAGGGCGCUGUGGUGUCCGUGACCUUCAUCAGAGGCGGCGAGGCUUUCAACGUCAUUCCGGAGUCUGUGACCCUGGGUGGCACCUGCCGGAGCAUGACAACCGAAGGCCUGUCCUACCUCAUGAAGAGAAUCCGAGAGGUGGUAGAAGGUCAGGCCGCCGUGGGGUGGUGCACGGCGGCCGUCGACUUUAUGGAGGAGAAGAUGAGGCCAUACCCAGCCACCGUCAACGACGAGCUGGUGUACGGCCACGCCAAGGCGGUGGCCAAGAGCAUGAUCGGGGAGGCCAACCGGAUCCCGGCGGCCUUCUUCAGCGUCGGCGUCCGCAACGCCGAGACGGGGAAGAUCCACCACGUGCACUCGCCGCACCUCGACAUCGACGAGGCCGCACUCCCCAUCGGAGCCGCGCUCCACACCGCCGUGGCGAUCGAGUACCUGAACAAACAGGCGUCUGCGCCAAGGCCAAGCUGCAGCUAG